AGAGGGACGAUUAUAAAGAGGGAGUCAGUUGACGCUAUCGAAUGGAAGGAGCAGGGGAGGCGAGUCGGCAUUCGAGGUGAGAGGGACUCCAGCAGCGAGAGGGUCGGCAGCCAAACCAGUGGCCGGUCGUACCCAACAACCUUCCCUUGCCCUGCCAGACCGCUUCGCUGGUCGAGAAGGGCAUCGCAAGCAGAGAUUACAGCCAUAGUGGAGAGGAGGAAAGGAACCACAAAUUGCCGCCCCGAGCCGUGUUGCGCAGCUAAAAAGCGGGCCCCGACCACCGAAAGCCGCCCAGUUCACUCCUCACUUUCCCGUCGGCUUGUCACACAGUUCUCGAAGGGACACCCAUAGAGUAGCCCAAGAUGUGCAGAAAACAGCUGACGUUAAUGGCUAUACUAGUGGUCACGGCCAGGGCGUUACCUAUAGCUGGCCCUAAAACGGAUGACAUCGCGCCCAUCAACAUCGAAACCGCCAUUCAGCCGGAGAAGACGGCCAUCAAUUCCGGAGAGAAGACGCCCAUCAUCUCUGAAAAAAUACCAUCCACCUACACCGACAGCGGAGCCGUCGUCGUCGAUAAGGACAUCGGAAAGGAUGUGGAAGUUGAACCCAAGCCCUACAAGACACCCGAAGUGGAUUCGGUAAAGACCGUGGGCGGAGCAGUGGUUCCCGACGUGAAGCCGGUAGGUGUCCCGGUCGACGACGGGGUCGACAGCUCCUUCCGCGAGAUCAGUGAAGGAGCGCCCACGAAGGAGAAGGUAGAGCCCGAGCAGGCGCCGACUCUGUCAGUCGGAGACAUCGGCACCAAGGACCCAAUCGAGGGCCCCAACCUGCACAAGGUCGAAGGUGUGCUGGAUACUGAAGGCAUUGGCGCCACUGUCCAGGAUAAGGUCGAAGGGGCCAAGCCGUACGAGGCCAAAACCGAAACCACCGUCGUGGAGGAAGGCGUUGCGGUAGACGACGAGAUUACCAGGGACGAGAAGGUUCCGGAAGGCGUCGAGCAGUACGGCUCUGUGCUCGAGUUCAGCAAGUAUGACACCAACAGCGAUGGAGUCAUCGACAUCGAUGAGUGGAGCAUCAUCCAUGGCGGCCACGAGAAAAUUACGGGCCAGUUUCACGCCGCUGACAUCAAUGGUGACAAGCAGCUGGAGCAUACCGAGUUCCGAGGCGCUAGCUGGUACCACGAUGGCGACCAGUCGGCCGACAUUGCCAGAGACGCACUGAUGCUCGCCAUCGCCGAGCAGGCCGCCACAGCAGGCGGCGAGCACAACCACGCCAUGGGCGCUGCAAUAAUGCCUUCCACCGAGUUCCGAUACAUCGUGGACGACGCCGAAAGCAGUGCGCAGAGCGUCCCAGUCGUUCCGGCGGAGCCUGUGGACGUCGUCGUGAUUCCGGAGAAGGCGGCCGUGCCCAGUGCGAACGUAGACGCUGCCGCCGUGAAGGCCGACGAUGUUCCGACUACGGCCGUUACUCCUAAGGAUGUCGUUAACACUGUAAAGCCCGUCGCGACCAAGCAGGAAAAGACGGAAGUGCCUCAGGUUAAGGAGGUGGUCAACGAUACCCAGCGAACGGACAAAGUGGAAAGCCCCGAUACGACGACUCCGGAGGCUCCCGCUGUGGUCGCAGAAAAGAAGCACGGCGAGGUGGCACCGCUGAUCUGACGUGUUUCCGCGCUGGAGCUACCCAAGCACCACACGCACUCUGAAAGCUUAAAAGACGUCAGGUCAGAAAGAACGCUUCUUGGCGCUUCGUGUUAGUGUCAUUACGUGCAUCUAUCACCGGGGACUGCUCCAGCUGGGACGCAGCACCAUUUUCUUCCGGCACUUUCAUACGCGGUUCGCUUAAUUUAUUGCUCCUGCCUGAACGUCGCUUUUGUCAGGGGACGCUGCAAGUCUUCCAUCGCUUUUGUUCUUUUCCUCUUAUGGGGGUGCUCUUGUUCCGGAUUUCAUGCUUUCUGUGUUAAAG